AAGGAUUCAUAGGUAAAUUAUAUUAAAAAGUAAGAGUUAGUUAUUAGAGUUUAAUUAAAAUUACAAGUGAUCAAAAAAGAGAUAUCAAAAUGGAAGCAUUGAUGAAGGUUGUGGUGGUAGUGGUGAGUUUGGCUUUGGCACUUUCCUAUGCUCAUGCAGAAUCAGGCACUGCAACAUUUUAUACGCCCCCUUAUGUUCCAUCUGCAUGUUAUGGGUUUGAAGAGCAAGGCACAAUGAUAGCAGCAGCAGGUGAUGGACUAUACAACAAUGGAGAAGCUUGUGGGAGAAUGUAUACAGUUACAUGCACUGGGCGAACAAACUUGGGAGUUGAACAGCCAUGCACAGGCAAUUCUGUCACUGUUAAAGUGGUUGAUCGUUGCCCUUCUCCUGGUUGCCAAGCCACCAUUGAUCUCUCUCAAGAAGCUUUCUCCAUCAUUGCCAACCCUGAUGCUGGAAAAGUCAUCAUUGACUUUACUCAGGUUUGAAGAAUGUCUUCAUAUGACAUAUCUAUAUCUACUAAUGAGCAAGGAAGGAAAUUAUAGAACACAUUUGCCUUCAAUUUGAUAUUGUAAUUUUACCAAUAAAUAUAAGAAGACUAUGUUUCUAUGUAGCUUUAUAAAAAAAAGGACGAAAUAAAUGCAAAGACCCUUACAACCGAAUAUAUACUCAUUUUAAUAUUAUAUAUAUA